AUGAAGAAAACUUCAGAAGAAUUAGCAGAAUAUUUUGAUCAAUUGGCAUUACAAAUUCAACAGUUAAAUGAAGGAUGUGAAGUUAUUGGUAAUGUGCUUCAUAAUUGGCAGAAUGUAUUUAAUUUUGUUCAACCUGCAUUAAAUGCUAUAAUUGAUGUUUUUAUGAAAGGUUCAUCUUUAAAACGUUUGGCAAUACAUUUAGCACCAAUAUGGUCUUCUCCAUACGAUCCAUACAUACCUAAGGAGGGUGCUGCUGGUGGUCCACCUUCAAAAACUUUAGAAAUUCAAAAAAAAAUAGACGAGACUGUAGAAGUUAUGCGUGAUAACCUUAAAUCUGUUGCUGAAAGAGGAGUGAAAUUAGAUACUUUACAAGAUAAAACUGAAAAUUUGUCAGUAUCAGCACAAGGAUUUCGUCGUGGGGCAAAUAAA